ACAAGAGACACUUAGCCAGCCUACAGAAGGGACACUGCUCAGAAACCCCCUCGUGAACUUGGUGAGAGUGAGGAGGAGAAGGAAGGAAGAAAAAACCCUGGAGGGGUGGGGAGAGGGAGGGAGCUAACACAGAGUAGGGAAGCCAACCUGAGCAAACACAGCAGCCUGAGUGUUCCCAGGGCUAGAAUGCUCAGAAGAUCCAUUCCUAGGGGUGGUCCCCCCAUAUCCCCCUGGCAGGCCCCCUGGCUCCCUAUGUCUUCCCACAUUUUCUGCCUCUGCCUCACAUUCUUCUUGGGCCAGAUGGGUUUGCUGCAGGGGCACCCGCAGUGCCUGGAUUAUGGGCCCCCCUUCAAGCCUCCCCUGCAUCUCCAGUUUUGCUCUGACUAUGAGUCCUUCGGCUGCUGUGACCAGCGUAAGGACCACCGCAUCGCUGCCCGGUACCAGGACAUCAUGGACUACUUCGAUCUGAAGGGCCACGAGCUGUGUGGCCGUUACAUUAAAGACAUUCUUUGCCAGGAGUGCUCACCCUAUGCAGCCCACCUCUACGACGCAGAGAACCCUCGGACGCCCCUCCGCAAUCUUCCUGGCCUCUGCUCUGACUACUGCUCUGCAUUCCACUCCAACUGCCACUCCGCCAUCUCCCUGUUGACCAAUGACCGUCGCCUCCAGGAGUCCCAUGAAAAGAAUGGUGCCCACUUCUGCCACCUCCUCAACCUUCCUGACAAGGACUAUUGCUUCCCUAACAUCCUGAGGAAUGACCAUCUCAAUCGCAACCUGGGUUUGGUGACUGAGGACCGUCAGGGCUGCAUGCAGCUCUGCCUGACUGAAGUGGCCAAUGGGCUCAAGAACCCCGUUUCUAUGGUCCAUGCUGGGGAUGGCACUCAUCGCUUCUUCGUGGCUGAGCAGGUGGGGGUGGUGUGGGUCUAUCUGCCUGAUGGGAGUCGUCUGGAACAACCCUUCCUGGACCUCAAGAGCAUUGUGUUGACCACGCCAUGGAUUGGGGAUGAGAGAGGCUUCUUGGGGCUGGCUUUUCAUCCCAGAUUCCGCCGGAACCGCAAGUUCUAUAUUUAUUAUUCGUGCCUGAGCAAGAAGAAGGUAGAAAAGAUCCGGAUUAGUGAGAUGAAGGUUUCUCGGGCUGAUCCCAACAAAGCUGACCCAAAAUCAGAGAGGGUCAUCUUGGAGAUAGAAGAACCAGCCUCAAAUCAUAAUGGUGGACAACUUCUCUUUGGUCUGGAUGGCUAUAUGUACAUAUUCACUGGGGAUGGAGGACAGGCUGGGGAUCCCUUCGGCAAGUUUGGAAAUGCUCAGAACAAGAGUUCCCUCCUGGGAAAAGUGUUAAGGAUCGAUGUGAAUAGGGUGGGCUCUGACGGCAAGCGGUACAGAGUUCCUCUGGACAACCCGUUCGUUUCUGAGCCAGGGGCCCACCCCGCCGUCUAUGCCUAUGGGAUCCGAAACAUGUGGCGCUGUGCCGUGGACCGAGGGGACCCCACCACGCGCCAGGGCCGAGGCCGGAUGUUCUGUGGGGAUGUGGGACAGAACAGGUUUGAAGAAGUGGACAUCAUUGUUAAAGGCGGGAACUAUGGCUGGAGGGCCAAGGAAGGGUUUGAAUGUUACGACAGAAAACUUUGUCAUAAUGUCUCUUUGGAUGACAUUCUGCCAAUUUAUGCUUAUGGCCACACGGUGGGGAAGUCAGUCACUGGAGGUUAUGUCUACCGUGGGUGUGAAUCCCCAAACCUCAAUGGCCUCUACAUCUUUGGGGACUUCAUGAGUGGUCGACUUAUGGCUUUGCAGGAAGAUAGAAAAACCAAGAAAUGGAAGAAACAGGACAUUUGCCUGGGCAGCACCAAGGCCUGCGCCUUCCCAGGGCUGAUCAGCACCUACAGCAAGUUCAUCAUCUCCUUUGCCGAAGACGAAGCAGGGGAGCUCUAUUUCCUGGCCACCUCUUACCCAAGUGCCUUCGCCCCACACGGAUCUAUUUACAAGUUUGUUGACCCAUCAAGGCGAGCACCGCCAGGCAAGUGCAAGUACAAGCCGGUGCCGGUGAAUACCAAGAGCAAGCGGGUCCAGUUCAGGCCGCUCGCCAAGACGGUCUUGGACUUACUAAAGGAGCAAUCAGAGAAAGCUGCUAGAAGAUUCUCCAAUGCAACUUCAGCAUCCCGUCCAGACCGGGCCUCACCUCGGAAAGGCUCCUCCAGGAAGCCGGCUUCUCCCACAAGAAGCAGGAAGAUGUUUCCAGGGCCUGGUGCAAAGAAGAGAGCCAGAGUGUGGUCCCCAGGCCCCCAGGGGAAGAGGAAGAAGAGCGAGAAGCCCCGCAGUGGCAGGCUGAGCCAGUCGGCCCAGCGCAGGCGAGCUGGCAGAAGUGUCCCUUGGCCAUUUCUGUCAAGGUGGCCAACCAGGGGACGUGCGAGGGGAGGACCACCCCGCCCCGUGGAAGCUGCGGCUGCUGAAGCGGGACCUUAGAUGUGUGGGAAGCCGGGGUGGAGGCGGGGGCUGCCGGAGAGAACUUGGCUUAGGGCUGCUGUGGUUGUCCUCUCCCGGGCUAUCUUGCUAUCUCAACGGAUGCUCUUUGUCUGCUUCUGCGGGGAGACCAAACCCCACGUGGCCAGGGCACCUGGCUGAUUGUAUGCACUAGUCUGUAAACCUGCACGUCUCUAUUUUGUUUUGUAAAUGCCUAUGACCUAAGGGAAUAAAUCAAC